GGCGUUUAAAACGCACCACCGCACACGGAUACGCUUAGAUGCGGGCGGACGACCAAGUAACACAACACAACCGAACUUGGCACGAUCUCGGCUAGCAACGCGCCGCGAUAUCUUAUUCCACACAUCCAGGAUGCGUCAAGAAUUCAAGAUAAAGAAUGUAAAAUUGGACUUUCCUGAUGUCAAGUCGUUUACUACAUCCCCGAGGGCGUGGCGUGGCCAGUCCUUCUCAAGAGGAAGAGGGCCUUCAACCCUUAGCGUGACAUAGGAACCUAAGUGGUUUUGCCAGCUCAUAUUCGUCAUCUACCGCACGCUCGUGGCUUUGUAUGUCACCACGUGGUCAGUCCUCGGCGGAGUGAUGAGACUUGAUCAGGGCGCACUGUGGUUUAUCUUUCUAACAAACUGGAGUUACACAAUCCUCAACAUUCACUUCAUCCUUGGCGCCUGUUUACCCGCCUACCACUACUACAAAUGCUCCCCUGGCGCUGCAAGCUCGAAGAUAAUCGCAACUGAUAGCAAUGCCAAUGACGAGCCCGCGAAUCACGUACAGUUGGAGCUCGAGGACCCAUGCGCAGUAAACACAAAGUUGACCACUUUACCGCAGAAUUCCCGGAUGUUUAUUUUAGCGUGCAAGGUUUCUUGGGUCGUCUUUAAUAUCGCGGCAAACGUAGCACCGCUGGUUACAUUCAUGUACUGGGGAUUUAACUAUGUGCCUGGGCAAUACGUCGACAGCUCCAACAUCAACGCGCAUGCUCUGAAUUGUGUUCUGAUGUUUGCUGACGUUAUGCUGAGUAACCUCCCGGUGCGUGUGCUGCACGUGAUCUAUGCACUUGUAUGCGGUUUUGCUUACGUCACAUUUACAGUCAUCUAUUGGGCGGCUGGAGGUGUCAAUCACGAAGGCAAUUCGUACAUCUACUCGGCACUGGAUUACACAGGAAGCCCGGGCAUGGCCGCCACGAUGGCUGUGCUUUUUGUGCUCUUGGCCCAGCCUCUUUCUCAUUUACUGCUGUACGGUCUCUAUUGCUUUAGAGAUUGGUUAGUCAAGAGAAGCACGAGAGCAAUUGAAUAGAUAUGUCACGUGAGGUAUGGAGGUAUAUUCUAGGUUACUAUAACUCUUUCUCGAGAAACCAAUGACAUAUAAUUAUUUUGUUUUUCAUUUUUUUAUUCAAAUCAACAGCGUUCUCAAAUCAACACCAUCCAUGCUCCUCGCAGCUUCAAAUGAUUUUUAUUUCUCAGCAGUUACGCAUAAAGUUUUUUUGUAUUGCCCGUCUAGCCAUUGUUUCGACGAGAUCAUCAAUCUUUUACCACAUUAGAUUUCCUUGUUUCCAUUAGAUUUUCUAUUUCUACCCGUUCUUAGUAGUAUUGUGAUCCAAGUGCAAUACCAUUUCUAGUAUUAUAAAUUGCUCGUGAUCUUCCAGGAGGUCUUGCCGUAAAAUGAUCUUGAAAUGUCAGGGAUGGACAUAUAGCGAACGAAUAUCCAAGUAAACCAACCAUUAUUAUUUGAGUUUUUGAUUGAUGAUUCUUUCUAACUAAACUUUAAUAGUUACGCCUUUUGGAAAUAUGGUGUUUACAAUCGACAUUCUUGCUAUUGUGGUUUAUACUUGCUUUUCUAUUUAUUUUAUUUUCCGAUAUUAUUUGCUAAUUAGAAUUAAUCUAGCUUUAAAAUAUUUCUUCUAGUCUUAUCCAUUAUAUCAAUCUCAUUAAUUUAUUUUUACCUCAAUUUUACCUGUUAGUUUUAUUGUUUGUCUUUUUUUGUCAUUGGUGGGGCAUUUGGUGCAAGAUAUUUACACCUCUUCUUUCGUUCGCCGCGGGCAAUGUUUCGGUUCCUCAUUUGAAGACUAAGUAUAAUACAUUUAAUACAUUUACAGAUGUUCAAUUCACCUGAAAUACCGGUCAGGAAUUGGUAAAUAAACAAAUUGCAGGAUUCCUACCUUAUUAUUAAAUGGGCCUUUGCAUUUUGCUUAAGCGAAAUUAAUUGAAUGAAUGAAAUAUUAUUGUACCGACAAUUUAACUUAAUUUGUCGCUUUUGACUAAUUAAAGUGCCGAAUCUAAUGUCA